UUGUGUUCCACCUCUGUUAUUUCACGUGAAUCCAGCAAGAAAGUAUGCAUUCGAUCAGUAGAAUACGAAACCGAUAAAUGGUAUAAUCUCUCCCCGAAAACUCUUGAUCUCAUUUCUCGCAACUUGCAUAAUCAAGAGCAUCACCCCCUCUGGUUAAUAAAACAACGGAUAGUCGAUUUCUUUUACAGGGUUCGUCUUUCUACUUCAUGUAAUCGUGUAGUCUCGACCUUCCAGAAUUUUGAUAGCCUUCUUGUUAGGUCUGAUCACGUUAGCCGUCGACCUACUGAUACAUAUUACAUCAAUCAGAACACCUGCCUUCGUAGUCACACCUCAGCUCAUGAAAUGGAAUUGAUCAAAUCUGGGUUAAACGCCUUCAUUACGGUUGGUGAUGUUUAUCGUCGAGAUGAUAUUGACGCCCUUCAUUAUCCUGUUUUUCAUCAAUUGGAAGGUGUUCGACUAUUCAGCAAAGAAGAGCUCUUUCAAGAUGUGCCCGGUAUGAGCAAUGCCUCUGACCUCUUCAAUUUCGAAGCUCCUGCAGUUUUGCCCCCACUGUCUGAAGCUCCACCGUCAUCUGAUCUACCCGAUGGCCGGCAGCCUCGUCACUCUCCUGAAACUGCCCGCCUUCUGGAGAUUCAACUGAAGAGUGUCCUGGAAGAUCUGGCCCUUAAUCUAUUUGGCAAAGAUACUCCUAUCAGGUGGGUUCCCGCCUAUUUCCCUUUCACAAAUCCUUCAUUUGAAUUGGAAGUUCACACGGGCAUGGUAACUGGAAAUGACACUGAUGGGUGGACGGAAAUGCUGGGUUGUGGAAUUCUUCGGCAAGAAAUUCUCGAUCACUGUGGAGCAAGCGACAAAGUGGCAUACGCUUUUGGCUUGGGUUUGGAGCGAUGGGCAAUGAAGCUCUACGGAAUUCCAGACAUUCGACUCUUUUGGUCCAAAGAUGAGGGUUUUCUACAUCAAUUCAAAGUCGAUGAUAUUAAUAAACCAAUUACUUUCAAGGCUGUGAGUAAUUACCCUCCCUGCCCGAUGGAUAUCUCAUUUUGGCUACCGGAUAUGUCGGCCUCAGAUAGUCAUUUGGAAUUCGAAAGGGAUUUUUAUGAGAUCGUGAGAGAAGCUGCCGGUGAUCUGGUUGAACAGGUUAGUGGUUGGCUUAUAUUUUAUUUACAAAAUAAGCUUCAAGGUACUUUUCGAAGUACCUGA